CGCUGUCUCUACUUCCUGGAUCAAUAUGGCUAGCCUCCGCACAAUGAAGAUGCUUGCUGUAUUGAGUUUAUUUUCCCUGUAUUUAUUAGUGGACAGUCACAACAUCGAGGACAAAGCGGGGCAGUUCUUCAGCAGCGGCCAUACAAACAACUGGGCCGUACUGGUGUGUACGUCUAGAUUCUGGUUCAACUAUCGUCAUGUGGCCAACACCUUGUCAGUCUACAGAAGUGUCAAGAGACUGGGCAUCCCAGACAGCCACAUAGUUUUGAUGCUGGCGGAUGACAUGGCUUGUAAUCACAGAAACCCCAAGCCUGCUACAGUGUUUAGCCACAAGAACAUGGAACUGAAUGUGUACGGUGACGAUGUGGAGGUGGACUACCGUGGUUAUGAGGUCACGGUGGAGAACUUCCUGCGUGUUCUGACUGGCAGACUGCCGCCCAGCACCCCGCGCUCCAAACGCCUCCUCUCCGACGACCGGAGCAAUAUCCUCAUAUACCUGACCGGUCAUGGUGGGAACGGCUUUCUUAAGUUCCAGGACUCGGAGGAGAUAAGCAACGUUGAAUUAGCAGAUGCCUUUGAGCAGAUGUGGCAGAAAAGAAGGUACAACGAGUUGCUGUUCAUUAUUGACACCUGCCAGGGCGCCUCCAUGUACGAGAGAUUCUACUCCCCCAAUCUGAUGGCCCUGGCCAGUAGCCAAGUUGGAGAGGACUCCCUGUCUCACCAGCCAGACCUGGCCAUCGGAGUCCACCUGAUGGACCGCUACACCUUCUACCUGCUGGAGUUCCUGGAGGACAUUCACCCAGCCAGCACAGCCAACAUGAAUGACCUGUUCAAGGUGUGCCCUAAGAGCCAGUGUGUGUCCACUCCGGGCCAUCGUACCGACCUUUUCCUGAGGGAUCCAGGAAGUGUCCUCAUCACAGACUUCUUUGGCAGUGUCCGCAAAGUGGAGAUCACAAUGGCAACCGUCAACUUAACCAGCUCCCCAGAGCAAGUGGAGGAGAAGCCUGUGCUAGGGGAACCACGGAAAGAGACGCUGUCCUAUGUGGAUCAGCUGCCAGUGUCUGAGAUCAUUCAUCAGAAACCCAAGCAGAAGGAUUGGCAUCCCCCUGAUGGCUUCAUCCUGGGCCUCUGGACUCUCAUCCUCCUGGUUUUCUUCAAGAGCUAUGGUGUCAAGCAUCUCAAACACAUCUUCUGAGGCCUCACCGUUCACCCCGCUGGAUACCCGAGGACUAAAAACCGAAAGGCCUUGGCCCGGCCUGAGCCCAGGAGGCUCACCUAAAGGGAAUUACCAGAGGAAAUAUUUGAGUUUAAUGCACACUUUCUGCCUUGCUCCUACUUCUGUACUAGCAGAGGUGAAUACCAAUUGUGGGGACCUUCACCUAUCAAUUUGUUUUGUGCAUCCAGCCAAUAUUAAUGACAGGUGUUUCCUUUUUUUGUUCUCCGUCUAUAUGAAGUGGACACUGGGUAGAAUUGCAGCCUGGGGAAUUACAAACGCCUGCAAAACGGUGCCGUGUUAUUGGCCCCUUUUCAUCGUGACUCUCGUUAGUAACUACUGUCUACCCACUAACUGUAAACUCUGAUCUGUUUAUUUCGUUUGUAGUUUUAACCUGUUUGUUGAAUGUGAAGGGAGGAAGUACCUAAUAUUCGUCCAGAGGACUCGCAGAUACAAAAGGACCCUUCUCCAAAUGGACACGCCGCAUGCAGAACAUUUUAUUUUUAGCGAAGAGCUUUAGUAAGUCUAUAUAUUUAUUUAAUUCUGUCAGCCUAUUCCAUAAAUCGGUUGAAAAUGCACUGGAUCGAGUCUGCAGAUAAGAAUUUAAUUUAUCUGGAGAGCGUGCUGUUCUGCAUAUUUCAGCACCAGCCUUUUUAUCUAAGUGCCACUCAGAACGACUGCUCGGUCUGGAGGAAAACACGGGCGGAGGGGAUGAUGGUUCGCUUUGAGUCGGCUGCAGAGAGAUUGAUGUCUCUCAUUUGUUUACAUUAUAUCACGUGACACCCCCCCCCCCCGUGUCGCUCCAUGAUGGAUAACAAUCAUGUGAUUCCCUUCUCACUGGACGGGCCUUCGAGUCCGCCAUUCACGAAAUUGCCCUCCCUGCGAAAAUAACCAUUACCUCCACUCGGCCGCGCACUCUGCCGGUUGUGUGUCAGGUGAUAGACGGCCGCUCCUCGGCCCCUUCGUUCCCGUGGCUUCGAUUACUGAAAUAAAAAAAAAAAACCCCGCUAGCCUCCCUGAAAUGAAUCUCGCUUAGGUUCGAUCGCUCCCUCCCUCUUUCUCCCUCUCUCGCUCCUGCAUUAGCCUCAUUGGUGGUGGGGGAGUGUCUGAUGGUUGAAGCGUAUGGAUUGAACCCGUGGUACUUUAUCUUUGCUCUUCGGUGUAGUUUCCCGCCCAUCGGGCCUCUCUGCCUCUCUCCCUCCCGGCGGAGGGGGAAAACGGAUGGAGUGGGGUAUUAAGCCAUGUGCACGGGAGGGCCGCUGCUGUGUCAGCUGCCAUGCGCCCUCUUAUACAUUAUUUAUCCAACACUUUGAUUUCUUCUUUAUUUCCUUCCGUCAUGUAGUCUCGUUCCCGGGGCUCUUUUAGGAGGGAAGCACACAGUUGUUGUUUCCUGUUUUCAUUGUUGUUUUUUUAUGCCUUUAUUAAAGAU